AUGACUUCAAGACUUAUUACAAGGUUCAGAGGGCUUCAUAUACCUCAAAGACCAUUCCAUCAAUCAGUUUUACAAUUCAACGAAGUCAGAAGAGAUUUUCAACGACAAUCAAAAUUCCAAAGAAGAUCUCAAUACCGUCCACCAACACAAGUUACUGAAAACUUGACCAUAGAAGAAAUUAACAGAAUUAGAACUGUACCUACUUUAAAUACCUUUUACGGUGGUAACCCAAUUCAUGAAGACAAUGUUAAUAAAUUAAAAGCUUUAUUAAAGAAGUACCAAAGCUUACCAACAAGAUCAGUUCCAGAUGAAGAAAUUAAAAAUCAAAAAUUCAUUGGUUUUGAUGAUUAUACUAAAAUAACCAAAUCUGGUACAAGAGUUAAAAAUAUUCAUUAUCGUGAAUUAAUUACCCUUUUGAAUAGAUUAAGAAGUAUUGAUUUACAAUUGAUGCCAAUUGAAGUUUCCAAAGUUUUGAAGGAAUACUCCAGUAGUUCAUUGAAUAAAAUUGUUCAAGUUGCUAAGGAAAAAACUUUGGAUAGUUUCGGUAGAGCUAGAGGUAAAGCUAAAAGAAAGCUGUGUGAAGCAAAAGUUUACCUUGUUAAAGGUGAAGGUGAAGUUUUAGUUAACGGUAAAUCAAUCAUUGAAUAUUUUCCAAACAUUUAUGCCAGAAAGAAUAUUGUUUAUCCAUUCCAAGUUAUUGAUCAAGAAGGUAAAUAUAAUGUUUUUGCUCAAGUUUCUGGUGGUGGUUACACAGGUCAAAGUGAAGCUAUAAUGUAUGCUAUCUCAAAGGCUUUAGUUAUCUUUAACCCAUUAUUGAAACCAAGAUUGUCUAAAGCCGGAUUAAUGAAGAGUGACUCUAGAAUUGUUGAAAGAAAGAAACCAGGUAAACUUAAGGCUAGAAAAUCUCCAACAUGGGUCAAACGUUAA